CGGGAACAAGACUACCGGAUCUUUAGAAUGGAGGUUGUUUACGAGUUUGUAUUUGGAUGCCUUUGCUUUCAAACUCUUUAAAAACACAACAAGACAAAGCGUAUAUAGAAUGGAUCUGAUGUUUUGAACUUUUGGCGGAAUGUCUGGAAUCGUCGACUUAAAGAAGCAGUUGAAGAAAUGGGAAGCAUCUUUCUUUUUAGAACAUUCAAGGAAACCAAAUAAGACUGACAUUGAUGCGUCUGGCAAUAUCAAAGAAAUCUAUGAACAGUACAGCAAAUUGAAGCGCCAAAAAAACGAGGUACAUGUACAAGAUAAGACUGAAAGCAAUUCAUCAUUGUCUGAUUUAAAUAAGUGUGAAACAGACACUAAGAGUGAUGAUGAAAAAACCUGUAACCAACCAGAUUCUUCCACAUCCAUCAAGUCACCACCAACAGGUAGCUGCAACAAACUGGUUUCAUCCAGUUCCAACAAGUCAUUGCUAUCCUCAGAUAUUUGCAGUGAACCAGUUUCAUCCCGAUCCAGCAAGUCACCAUCAUCAAACGUCUGCAAUGAACCAGUUUCAUCCAGAUCCAGCAAGUUAUCACCAGCACCCUCAGAAACGUCCACUGGAAUGGGUGUUGAUGAGACUGAUGGAAGCAGUUCACAUAUUUUGACACCUGAGGACAUUUGGGGUCCAGCGCUCAACAAAGACUUGUCUGUGUCUGAGAGUCAUGGAGAAAAGAGUAAAGAAAAAAAAGAAGUCAAAUCUUCAAGUCUACUGGACAAACUGGGACAAAAGUUGUUUAAAAAUGAGCAGAAACUUUCCAUGCCUGACAGAAACAAAGUGUUUGGAAGCAGAAGAAGAAACAGGUCAAAACCUAAAGUGGAAACUGGAUGCUUGAGGAGUGAAAAUAAUGUGAAUUUUGGUACUCUCUCUACCAGCAGUGAUCCAAUCAAAACCACUAUUAGUGACCAUGACAAGACAGAAGUGAACCAAUCAAAACAUUCUUUACAUAUUUCUAAGGAACUUCUAGAAAAUGAAAAAACUGGCUUGUUAAAAAAUUCAGGAUGUGCUAUGACCACGGAUGAUAACAGCAAACCGAGAUUUAGCUGUAAAUCGUCAUUGAAAAUAUCUUCAGUAUAUAAUAAAAAGGUCAGCCAGAAUUUUGAGGACAAGGAUAAAUCUGUAAAUGAUGAUGUUGUUAUUCCUAAACAUUUCCAGCUGGGUAAAAAGCCACACUUCAACUUUAAUAAGAAGCCAGUUCAGUCGAUUGAAGAACUGGAUUCAUUUGAUCAAAACUUAGAGCUUGAAGACCAGAUACGAGAAGAAAGUCAGAAAUUAAGUAUUCAAGAGGACCCAGCUAAUGAUCACAAAUUGACUGAUUAUACUGAAUCUACAGUUAGUGGACUGAAAAAGAAAUGUUUGAAAAAAUCGCCAAAUAUGUUAAAAAGUUCUGAAAAACCAACAAGACAAAGGAAUCGAAGUGAAAAGAAAUCUGCGACUUCAUAUUGCUCUACUGAGAAUUUAAACAAGAACAAAACUAGUGGUCAAGAAAGCGGUACUGGUGUUGAUAUAAAUGAAACAGGUAUAAAUAAUAAAACUGGAAAAAAGCAAGUUAGUGAUGAUGUUUCUGAAAGAGGUGAUGCUGUAUUUGAUGCUUCAAAUAUUGGAAAAUGUGAUUCAGAGGAAGAUGAAGUGCUUGUAAAAAGAAAACCAUCGGCUAGGAAACGGAAAUUGACUGGCACAGCUGAUUCAGCUAAUAAAAAGUUGAAGCAAAAUCCAGAAGAAACCGAAGCUGCAAGUGUCAAUAAUGAUUAUGUUGGAUCUGAACCUGUGGCUGUUAGUAAAAAAUCACGACCUCUGUCUGCUGCUCCAAGAAAAAAAGCAGCAUCAGCUGAUAAUUUUGUCCGCCUUAACAUGAAAGUUAAAAGGUACAUCAGAAAAGAUGGCCGCCACUUGUCUGGACCCCAGUACAAGAGGAAGCAAUGGAAAGACAAAAUGAAAGCUCGUAGCAAGAGCUAUGGUGACAAGUGUUUUAUAUGUAACAAGGAAGGUCAUUGGUCGAGGGACUGUCCAGAUAAAAAGGGAGGAAAACAGAUGAAAAACAGUGAGCGAGUUGAAGAAAAUGAUUUUCCGUCAAUUCUAGAGGCAGCUGGUAUGAGUCGUGGAAAUCCUGCUACAGUUAUUUCAGAAUCCAACAAAGAUGGCCAACUUGACUCUGUGAUGGAGACUGACCAGGAUGAGAUGAUUCAAGUAGAAAUGUCGAUAGUUCGAUCUCACCGCGAAGUUGUUAUACCACGAUCCAGUGUCCAGCCCCUGUUGACUCUGACACCUGAUGGUAAAAUACCAGAAAAUGUUCCAGAGAUAUACAAAGGCCUCAAAAUGUUUGGUUUUGAUGAAUUUCGACCAGGACAAGAGCAGACUGUGAAACGAAUACUAGCAGGUCUCUCUACCCUGGUAGUUUUGUCAACUGGCGGUGGAAAAAGUCUCUGUUACCAGUUACCAGCCUACCUUUAUGGAAAAAGAUCCAAAAGUCUCACUGUGGUUGUCUCCCCUUUAGUGUCUCUGAUGGAAGAUCAGGUAACUGGUCUUCCAGCGGGUGUUAGAGGAGUCUGUCUUCACUCCAACAUGACGCAGUCUCAACGAGAGGGCGUGUUUGCGGCACUUAAUGAUGGCUCCGUUCACUUCCUGCUUGUCUCCCCUGAAGCGGUGGUCGGUGGAGGGGGAAUGCGGAAUGCAUCGUUUCCCCCGCCUGACAAACUUCCACCAAUACCUUUCGUCUGCAUCGAUGAGGCUCACUGUCUGUCAGAGUGGUCACACAACUUCAGACCCUCCUACCUGAGGCUGUGUAAGGUAUUGCGAGAAAGAUAUGGAGUGAAAUGUUUUCUCGGACUCACAGCCACUGCUACAAAAGCAACUGCUUACGAUGUCUCAAGGCAUCUUGGGAUUGAAGAUGUCAAGGAAGCUACAAUUCGGGGUUCACCAAUUCCUAAAAAUUUGAUUUUGUCCGUGUCUCAGGAUGAAAACAGAGAUGAGGCACUGAUGAACCUUCUGCAAGGUGAGCGGUUUACAGAAUGUGACUCUAUAAUUGUGUACUGCACGCGCCGUGAAGAAGUGAACCGUGUCGCCACGCUUCUGAGAACCUGUCUCCAGAAACCAGAAAUGGAUCUUGGUGUUCCUCUUAGCAAGCCUAUUCCGAAAAAAGGUAAAAAAGGACGGCGAAAGAAGUCACUUGAUGCAGAAAGUUACCACGCUGGUCUAACUCCGGCUCAUAGAAAACGAGUCCAAAAGGACUUCAUGUCUGGUCAUCUUCGCAUCGUCGUGGCAACAGUGGCAUUUGGCAUGGGUCUGGACAAGGCCGAUGUUCGGGCAAUCAUCCACUACAACAUGCCGAAAAGUUUCGAAGGCUACGUCCAGGAGAUUGGGAGAGCUGGGAGGGAUGGGAAAACAUCACAUUGUCAUGUGUUUCUCGAUUCGGAGAUUUCUGGCUAUCCAGAGAUCGGCACCGGGACAGAUUUCUGGCUAUUCAGAGAUCGGCACCCGGACAGAUUUCUGGCUAUCCAGAGAUCGGCACCGGGACAGAUUUCUGGCUAUUCAGAGAUCGGCACCGGGACAGACAUGCUCGAAGCCUUAGUGGUAUGUUAG